UCAGCAACUUUUGCCGAGCUUUGCUUUGUGCAGAUGCUAGCUAGAGGAUCUGUUCGAUCAAUCGCUCUCUGCUUUGGUUGUGUGCCUUGAACCGCAGAUUUCCCGACAUGCCUGGCGAGUACACUCUCACCUACUUCCCUGUGCGAGGACGUGGAGAAGCCAUACGCCUGCUGCUGGCUGAUCAGGGACAGGAAUGGACUGAGGAUGUGGUGAAUGGGGAGAUUUGGAAGAAGGGAGAUCUGAAGAAAUUAUGUGCCUUUGGCCAGGUGCCGAGAUUCCAGGAUGGGAAUUUUAUAUUGCAUCAGUCAAAUGCUAUUCUGCGCCACUUGGCUAGGAAUCACGGACUCUAUGGUGAAGAUGCAAAGGAAGCAGCACUGCUGGACAUGGUGAAUGAUGGUGUGGAGGAUCUGCGAAACAAAUAUGCCCGCUUAAUCUACCAGAACUAUGAAUCUGGCAAAGCUGCUUACAUUGAGGCCCUGCCAGCUGAGCUGGCCCCUUUUGAGAAGCUCUUGGCUGAGAACGAUGGAGGGAAAGGCUUCAUUGUAGGCAAACAGGUAAUCAAACCAUCACAGCUUCCUGUCGAAGACAGACAUCUGGACUGGCCAUUAAUGGUCUUCCGGAGAUGGAGGCAAUUACUCUGGGGUGAAAUUCAUACAUUGUUGUUAAUGUGUGUUCACUGUUAAUAAAAUCACAGCAGU